CAUUUGUCAACUGCGGCUACAAGUUCUCAAAUCUUAGAAUGAAGCUGAUUUUAUAUUUUUUGGUUCUAGCCUGCGCAUGCGUGGGCAGUUCCUUAGCUCUUAAACAUGAGGACUGCGGUUUGCCACAUGCUAAAGAUGGAUUUGAUGAUGGAAUAAUCUGCUUGGCUCGCGGCAACAGAUGGUCCUAUGAUGCGGUGACCAAAAAAUGCACACAAUUUGUUUAUGGGAGCUGCGGUGGAAAUGCUAAUAACUUUUUUACACAACAAGAUUGUGAGGAUAAGUGCCUGGAGUGAAUAACCAAGGUAGUCAGCAUGAUAGGUUGACAUGAUCUAAAUAAUUAUGUUAUCCAAGAUUGAUUAUAAAAUUUUUAGAAUAUGCAAUUGGCUUAGGUAAUAAACAAUGUAUACAAUAUGUA